ACUUCACACCUAUAGAUUACCUUUUAGGUACUCUAUUAGUUACCACAGAUCAGAGAGAACAUGAGGUAUUUGUUUUUGGAGGACUGGCUUAUUUUCCUAAGUGCAGUGGUUUCCAGUUGUAUCUAUUUUGUUGUGAAAGAGAGGAUUUCAUUUUGGGGGGCGGGGCAGAUCUCUUAAUAAAAGAAGAAGAGCUCUCAGGAUUUCUCAGUGGCGGAAUUUCAGUUCCUGGAGAAGGUUGGUGUUCAGCUGGUGCUGUAAAUGCAUCUCACUCUUGGUCUUCUCAUGCAGGUACCUGGUGUGAAGAUACAUGUCAGUCACCAGGAGCUAGCAGAAUGGCUUCCUGGGAGGUGGCCACAGGAACGCUCUUCUUAGCUCAGGUCAUAUGUGGGAUUCUGGGGAACUUCUCUCUUCUUUCCCAUCAUGUCUUCCUUUCCUUGACUGGAUUCAAGGCAAGAUGCACAGAUUUGAUUCUGAGGCACCUCCUUGUAGCCAACUGCUUGGUCAUUCUCUCCUAUGGAAUGCCACAGGCUGUGACAGCUUUAAGGUGGAAAUUUCUCCCCAGCGAUGCUGAGUGCAACCUUCUUUUCUAUGUACGAAGAGUGUCCAGGGCCGUGUCCAUCGAAAGCACCUGCUUCUUGAGUAUCUUCCAGGCCAUCACCAUCAGCCCCAGGAAUUCUAGGUGGGCAGAGCUUAAAGUCAAAGCUCCCAGGUACAUAGGCCUCUCCUCCAUGCUGUGCUGGAUCCUGAACAUGUUAAUAAACACCAUUUCCCCCAUCUACCUGACAAGUAAGUGGAUCAACACAAGCAUCACAAAGAGAAAAGACUAUGGGUACUGUAACGCUGUCUUCCAAGACACCUUCACAGGCUCGCUCUUCUUGGCACUACUAUUGUUGCCUGAUGCUGUGUCCUUGGGGCUCAUGCUCCUGGCCAGCAGCUCCAUGCUGUUCAGCCUGCACAGACACAAGCAGCAGGUGCAGCACAUUCAUGGUCCCAGGAACGCUUCCCCCAGGACUUCCCCUGAAUCCAGAGCUACUCGGAGCAUCCUUGCUCUGGUGAGCACAUUUGUAUUUUUUUACGUGGUCUCCUCCACUUUCCAAGUGUAUUUGGCUCUUCUUUGUAAGCCCAGUCGAUUGACAGUGAACAUCUCUGCAUUAUUUGCUGGCUGUUUCCCAACUCUUAGCCCCUAUCUUCUCAUGAGCUGUGACUCCAGGGUACCCAGGCUCUGCUUUGCCUGGAUAAGGAAUACAAAAUCCCCUAACAUUAUCAGAAACAUGUGCCUUGUAUUUGCUUUAUAAUACUCACUUGUUGUACAAUAGUAUAGGCACAGUUAUUUGGUAGCCAUAUUACAAGACCCUGUACGCAUGCUUACACACACGUGUGUAUGUAUAUAGGGUGUAAUACACACUAUUAGAUGACAUUUGUUAUCAAGCAAUCAUAGUAGGAUAAUAUAUACUUAGAAA